GCGGGAUUUAAAAGAAAAAACAUGCAGAAAUCCUUGGCUUGUAGAGUUGGUCUCCUUGGCUUAUUAUGUUUCUUGAUUUCCUUGUCCGUGAAACCAUGACCUCUUCACACUGCGAUUGCUGUCCAUCUUUCGCCAUGUCGUGGGAUUGCACAAGUCAUCCUGCAGGCAUGUGAUCAUGGAAACAUAUGGAAAAACUGCAUCUCCAACCUGUUCCAGGACCCUUUUUGUUUUGCGGGGUCCACUGGUGGUGGGGGCUGAGCCUCUGCUUGAUCUAUCAACUUGGCACGGAUCUCCCCAGGACCUUCCGAGGGCAACAUGAGUCCAGUGCACAGUUGGAACACCAGGAUUUUUGGGGAGUUUUCUUUGCAGGGCCACGAGAAGUCCUGGCAGGGCCAUGAUUCCAUGAUUCCCGUGCGGUGUCCAGGCUAAGCGUAAGAUGGAGUAAGAUGGAUGGAACGGGCGGAGUGUUUGCAUUCCAUCUCUUCCGAAUCCGAAUCAUGGAAACUCCAUGACGCUGCUGUUGAGCGAUUCUUUCCACCUCAGGAGGAUGAGCGUUCCUCGCGAGGAACGCCAUGUCGCGUUGAGAGAGGAUCCCGCCGGGUCACGGUUGAGCGUUUUCCAUCUCCCCAGAAUGUGUUCGCUUUGGACGGGAGAGGCUCCUGCGGUCAACAUCGAUCCUGGUUGGAAGUUCUUCUUCGACGUCGAAUCCUCAUUGAUCAGGAGGACAAACCCGACUCACUCGUGUAGGAGAGAAAGCUCUGCCAGGUCACCGUGGUGGUAGGGAAAGACCGGCCCAAUGGCUGGACAUUCAUAGCAAAUUCCGAUAUUCCACCGUGAUUCGAGGACGUUUUCCUCGAGAUGGUAUGCACCUACAAAAACAUCGAACCAGAACUUUCAGCCCAGCCGCCGGGCGAAUAAAGGCCCCGGUGAACACAUGACAAUGGCCAAACCAAGUACUGUCAUAUGCUGCGUGUUCAGAUCGGACCAGUUUGAGAAUGUCCCAGUUUGAGAACAGACCAGGUGAACAGGUGAACCCGGGACAUGAGACAUAAAGCAACAAACAAGAAUUCUUAUUAUUUUCGUGCACCAAAGCAAGAAGGCUUGCCGCAGCAGAACUGAGCAGAACUGAAUGCCUGGGACAUCCACAUUCUCACAGCAGUUCUUUCCUGUCGCAUGUGCCGAUGGACUCCAACAGAAAUGUGGCGAAGAAUCCCGUGUCAGAUGAGGAGAAGAAGCUGCUGCAGAACUUCGUGGCGCGCGAGGCGACGCCUGAGGAGAGAGACAGCUUCUUGGUGAAGAACUAUCCUCAUCUCACUGAGAAGGCACGAGGUGUGUUCAUGGAAAUGAGUGCCACGGAUCAGUUCCGUGUGAUCUUCGAUGGGCCCAUGAAGGAAUCCCGCGACCCGGUCGAGAUCCUCUAUGGCCGAGUGAAGAGGUUCUUGGACAUGGAACUGCAGCUGCGGGCGAUGUCGAAACGCUCCAACCACGAUGCCGAAAAGGCCAAGAAGCAGCCGAGUGCUAAGAUGCAGGAGCUUUCAGUGCGAAUAGCGCACUCCUUGGCCAACCCGACCUAUGAGGAGGUGCCUGCAAGUGAGCGGCGGUGUGCUGGCGUGGACCAGAAAUUGGAGGAGGCGACCAAACCCAAGAUUCUGGAAGGCAGUGUUAAGGGCGUGGGCGGCGUGAUCGAAGCCAUGCAGAAGAAGUACGCCAUGGUGAAGGGCGAACGUUUAAGAGUGGUGAACGAGACCAAGGACUUGUGGAAGUUAGAAGGGGAAAAGACGGUGCCCAAGUGCCAAAUGAACACAGGCUGGAAGUGGGUCGUCAAAGGGGCGGAAGACGAGGUGAAGAAGAAGCAGGAGGAGACGGCCAGGAAGAAGGAAGCCAAGAGAAAGGCUGAAGCCGCGAAGAAAGCCGAGGAAGAGCGAGAGCGAUCCAAAGGGAAAGAUGCCAAGAAGGAUGGCAAGACGGAGAAAAGCGUGAAGAGGGAUAAGGAGAAGGGAAGGGAGAAGGAGAAGUCGAAGGAAAAGGAUAAAAAGAAGGCUGACAAAGAUUCCAAGAAAGCCGAGAAGAAAGGCAAAUCGAAGAAACGAGAACGGGCCUCCUCCAGCUCCGAGGAGGAAGAAUCGGAGUCGGCGAGUCGAAAAAGGUCCAAGAAGAAGGUGAAAGUCAAAAAGUCAAAGAAGAGAAAAAGUUCUUCUGGGAGCGAGGCGAGGCCUGCCGAGGGCGAAUGUGUGACCUUCGGAUGUUCCCAGGAGUCUCCUGCAUAGCUCUGGUUUCGUGACGUGGCGCUGACGUCUUUGGGCUCCGAAACAGGGCUGGCAUGACAAAGACACCAGCGACCGACCCCGACUCGUCGGAAAAAUGAAGCGAAGCAUGGAACGGAAGUUCUUU